AUGUUCAAACCGAAAAGAAACGAUUCUGUUCGUGAUAAAUCAAGCAGCAACAAAACUGAGGAUGAUUCUCUCGUAACAGCAAUGACUUUCAUCCGUGAAUCAAGCACCAAACAAACAAAUGUUUCCUUACUUGUUGCCAAACAUCUGUUCUCCAAGUUGGAACAAUCCAACAAGAACAUCGUGUUUUCUCCACUCUCGCUCCAAGUUGUUGAAGUGAUUAAAGAAGUGAAUUUAUGGGCUGAAAAAGAGACAAAUGGCCUUAUUAGAGAACUUCUUUCUCAAGAUUCAGUCAAUAAAUUAACCAGACUCAUCUUUGCAAACGCACUCUCAGUCAAGGUUCCCUUCAUGACCAGCGAGAAUAGACAAUUUAUCAGUGUUUUCGAUGGUUUCAAAGUACUCCGUCUUCCUUAUAAGCAAGGAGAAGAUAAGCGUCAAUUCUCUAUGUACAUUUUUCUUCCAAGAGCAAGAGAUGGUUUGCCAACUUUAAUCGAGAAGGUAGCUUCUGAACCUGAGUUACUACACCACAACCUUCCUUUCACAAAAGUUGAAGUAGGUGAUUUCAGAAUUCCAAAAUUCAAAUUUUCAUUUGAGCUUGACACUUCUCAAAUGUUGAAAGAGUUAGAAGUGAUUUUACCUUUCUCUUGUGGGGGUUUGACAAAUAUUGUGGACUCUCAACACGCAAGUCAAAACCUUUACGUUUCCAAAAUAUUUCACAAGUCUCUCAUUGAAGUAAAUGAGGGAGGCACCGAAGCUGCUGCAGUCACGGUCUGGGCUAGGAGAGCAACAGCCGCGUGUAAGCCACUUGUUCCAAUUACCCGAAUAAACUUUGUAGCAGACCACCUUUCUUGUUUCUAA